AGCGCGCGUGCGGCCGAUUGCAAAAAUAAAUGCGCGGCGUCGACCGACGGCGAGGAGUCCGCGACAGCAGCGCGAGCGCGACGCCCAGCUAGACGCGAAACUAUUUCCACGAAACGCAGCGAAUUCCGCCGCGUUCGCGUUCACGCACGGACCACAAGCGCCAAAAACAAACACGCAAAACAACCACGCAACGAACGAACACGAGUUGAGCGCUGCGCACCCCCGCAUCUAUUAGUUAUUUAGUAGAAAAAAAUUAAAUUAAAAGUGCGCGCAUCAAAAUGGCAUCCAUGAUGACGGUGAAUUUGAAUCGCGGCGACGCGCCGAACUUGGGAUUUAGGUUGCAGGGUGGCGUCGAUUUCGCACAACCACUACUCAUCCAAAAAGUCAACAAUGGUUCUCCAGCUGAUCGUGCUGGUCUGCUGGCCGGGGACUCCGUGAUCAAGAUCAACAACACGGACGUGUUCAAUCUGCGCCACAAGGACGCCCAGGAUGUCAUCAUCCGUGCGGGACCUGCGUUCGCGAUCACCAUUCAGCGUGGUGGAUCCACUUGGCGUCCGAGUGUGACACCGACAGGGGCGCUCAAUCAAGGCAGCAUUAACAAUAUCUCUCCGGUGACGAAAACUUCGCUUGCUGCUCAGCCCCAGCAAUCGAUCGACGCUAUCGGGACAGGGCACAAUACUUCAGCUAAACCAUUCUUGAACGGAACUUCUAACGGAGGUCCAAAGUUGGUCAACAAGCAGUACAACUCUCCAAUUGGUCUUUAUUCAGAUCAAAGCAUUGCAGAAUCCAUUACUGCUCAAUCUGAGAUUUUAUCUACUGGAGCUGUUGGUGUUAACUUCAAGAAAAACGAAAAGAACUACGAUGCAUCCAAGAGUGCAGUCUUCUCCAUGCUCCAGGAAGCUGAACGUGAACCACGCGAAUCAGAAGCAGAGCCUGAUUCUGGUGUGGUGACCGCCCCGUUAGGCGGCCUCGUCGGUCUGAAGCACGUCGAGCCUCCAGCGCAGAAGCCAGCGCCACCUACACCGCAACUACCGCCUGGUCAGAAUAUUUGCGCCGACUGCGAGCGCCUCAUCGUUGGUGUCUUUGUGAGGAUCAAGGACAAGAACUUGCACGUUGAGUGUUUCAAGUGCUCUACUUGUGGAGCUUCAUUGAAGAACGUUGGUUACUACAACAUCAACAAUAAGCUUUACUGCGACAUCCACGCUAAACUAGCAGCGAAGAGUAACGCCCCUGGACCUAAUUUGGUGCCGGUUACCAUCCCACCAGGUGGUAAGGCUCCAGCCAGCGCAAUCUCGGCUGCUUUAAGCAGUCAUUCAUUGCCUUCACCUGGGCCUGUGUCUCCCAAAUUAGGAGGACCUAUUUCUCCAAGUCAGAAUCUUACUGCUGCACCUUUCCAGAGUGAUAAUGUUUUGAACAGUUCUAAGUUACUAAAAGAAAUAAUCCAAGCUGCUGCCAAAAAGAAUGACGCAUCUUUAAAUAAUAAUAAUAAUAAUAAUCAUGAGCAUGAAGAUAAAAGAUCAGAUUCUGAUUUAGUUUCGAGUGUUGAUGAUUUAAGCUUAAGUGAUUAUUCAACUAAUAUCCCUAGCAAAUUUAAAACUUUUGAUGAUUUGAGUGUGGAAGAUAAAGAUAGUGUUGAUGGCUUAAUACCGAGUGUUAAAACAAUAAACAAAAUACCUGCACCUAAAUUUCCGAGCUAUUACAAUAACAAGCAAAACUAUACAACAGCGCCCCGCCCAUUCUCGAGUGUAGCGGCGCCACUGUCUCCCAAUAACUACUCGCGUCCGCUGCCAAAGACGCCCACUCAAGCCCCACCUCAGCCUACUUUUGCGCCGCCGCAGCAAACUUACGCACCGCCGCCAGCGCCAGUCACACCAGAGCAUGAUACGCACGAAACUGAAAUUGUUUACUCCAAUGAUCGAGUUGAGAUUACUACAACAAUGCCGCCGGGUUCAGAGAAGUACUACAAUGAAAUCAAUGUUAGUAUUCCAAUGCCGACGUUUGCACCGAGUUUAUCAUCGGAAUCUUCUCCACGGUCGUUUAUUUCAUGCAAUUCUAAUCCGCCAUCGGAGAAAAACGAUUAUUUUACUUCUUCGAAGAAUAAUUACAUUGAGACGACAUUUCCGGCUGGUGCUGCAGGAAGUGAUAAACCUAUGACGUUGCAUCGAGCUAACAAAUCGCAAAUUAAUGAUAAUAACGCUAAUACUAUUUGCAAUGUGUGUCAAAAAGUAAUAAGGGGUCCGUUUAUUACUGCUUUGGGUAAAAUCUGGUGCCCGGAACAUUUCACCUGCGCAACCGCAAGCUGCAGACGUCCUCUGCAAGACAUUGGUUUUGUUGAAGAUGGUGGACAAUUGCACUGCGAGUAUUGCUUCGAGCAAUAUUUGGCUCCUAACUGUGCUAAAUGCGGUUCUAAAAUCAAGGGUGAUUGCCUGAAAGCUAUUCAGAAGAACUUCCAUCCUGAGUGCUUCAACUGCGCUCACUGCGGUAAAUUAUUCGGCAACUCUCCAUUCUUCCUUGAGGAUGGUCUUCCAUAUUGUGAAACUGAUUGGAAUGAAAUGUUUACCACAAAAUGUUUCGCUUGUGGUUUCCCUGUGGAAGCUGGCGAUCGUUGGGUUGAAGCUUUGAGCAACAACUAUCAUAGUCAAUGCUUCAAUUGCACUAUGUGCAAGAAGAAUUUGGAAGGACAAAGCUUCUAUGCUAAAGGUGGACGUCCAUUCUGCAAGAAUCACGCACGUUAAGUCAACCCCAACUUAAUUCUCUUAAGAAAUUACCAUCCAAAGUCAAAUAACAACACAAACCUAACCUAAAAUUUGACCAAUACAUAACCCCUUUCAAAAUGCAAGGAAACAGUCAUAAUAUAAGCUAAAAGUGCCAAAGUUAAGCGAUUAAAACGCACAAAAUCAUAAAUUGAAACUGAAUACAAUAUAAAUACAAAUCUAAACGAUCGUUAUUUAUGAUAACGAUGAAAUUAAAACUUGAAAAGCCCGCAGACGAUCAUUAUAAAUUAAUAACGAGCAAAUAAUCUCAGAGUAAAUGUCUCUUUGUCAUGUAAUCAAUGCGGUAAUGUGGCAUGCUCGCGUGCAAUGCGAAAAUCGAUAAGAAAUUAAUUAAUUUAUUGCCCCGCAACAAGAAAUAUUAAAGAAAACGUUGAGGAAAUCUUUAAAAACAAGCAAAACAUCAAAUAUUUAAAAAAAAUAAAAAUAAAAUAAACUUAAUCCUAUUUAUUGUUGAUAUAAUAUUUAUCGGUAAUUUAAUUCAAUGUAAUUUAAGAUAAUUUACGAUUUAUGAUAAUAUGAUACAGAGAGUUUUGAUUUUAAGCACGAUGCAAUAUAAAAUCGAAAUAUUUUCUGCUUUCACGCUUUCUGCCUUGGCGAUUUUUAAAUAAUUUUAAAGAAAUAUUAUAAACAAAAACUACGAAAAAUUGAUUUCUUAAUUACGUGCCAUGUUUGGAUUAAUUAGACGGCGUCUAGAUGGAUUGUUCAUUAUUUAUCUUCUUUAUUCGUAAUUUUGCGACAACAUUGUGUUACGAUGUAAAAGUGAAUUGUAAUCAAUUGUAAAUUUGUUUGUUUACUAUCGUAUGAUAAUAAUCUUAUACAAUAUUAUCGAUUAAUGUUAUUUAAUUAUAAUUAUGCGUAAAUCGUGAAUGUUAAAGCAAGUUAUCAAAAAAAAAAAACGACAAGAAACAAGUCGAUUCUUCGUUAUCCUGUUAUCGUAUAUAGCUUAUUGUAUAAUCUAAUCGUAGGUUAUUUAAAUUUAUUGUAAUUAUAUAUAAAUUGCUUUAGAGACAGACAAA